AUGUCAAAACUUGAACGUACCAGAUUACUCGAUGCAACACUUAAGCUUUUAGUUCAUCCAUCUGAUCUGAAUACAAUUGUUGAUGUUAACAAGAUCAGAGAUGCAAUUGAAUUAGGUGAUGCUCUUAAUGAUACUUCACCUCUGGGAAGGAUAAAAGAUAAAUAUCCGAUCACAAUAUUUUCAAUUAGAGCUGUAAAGGCGCUUCUAGAAAAAAACUAUUAUAAUGAAGCAUUAUUCAUAGCUCCACUUGCAUUCUGGUAUGAAAGCAUACGAAAUGAGGCAUUUAAUGCUGACACAAGAUGUCAAAUGAUGUGGUUUGCAUAUCUGCUCUUGGUACAUCAUUGCAUUCAAAUGAGAGACCGUCACAUUAAGACAAAUCUUGGUGUUCUCAAAAUAGACGGAAACAUUUAUCCGGUCUAUUAUAUGGGAACUUGGGAAGUUGUAAAGCAUCUUACAGCAACAAUCAUUUGUUUCCAAUAUUUUUUCAGUAUUAAUUCAACAUUUUUCAAUUUUUCCCAUUUGACAACCAUGACGGAAGAACAUUUGAAUGGUUUACUUCGCGUCAUGGCUCAUUUUAAGUAUGAUUUGUCAACAACCGAAACAUCUAUUGCAGAAUGUAAUUUAACACUCAAAAUUCAUAAAAAAUACGAUAUUGACUGGAAAACCCAUUCACGUGACUAUCAAGCUGGUAUUACAUUUGAAGACAUUUACACAAUGCGUCAAGAUUCACGUCAAUAUGAAAUGUGCAAAGAAUAUGCAUAUGCCUUGUUAUCCAAAUGUGGAUUUAGAUAUAAUAGUAUAGGGUGUCCAAAGGUGUGUUUAGCACAAACCUGA